GAUAACAGAAGGAGACAGGGUGGCUCGUGCAUAUAGAAAACUGUUCACAGCCCUGAAAAUUGUAAACAAAUGACUAGGGCGAUGGAGAACGUGUGCCAGUGUUGCAAGCUACGUCCGGGCUUGUCGGUCAAACGCGGUGGCUCGCUUCCCAAAACCAUUUGCCUCCAGUGCCUGCAUUUGGACACAUUUGGCAUCAAGCAUAAGUUGGUGCCUUGGUGCCCCGCAACCCAAAUUAGUGAAAAGGUCCACGUAAAACACUCCUUAAGCACCGAGGACGACCUACCAGAGCAACCUGUAUAUCAUCAGCAGAUGCCAGAAGAGCACUUCGUAGUUAAACAGGAGGUUCUUGUGGAGGAAAACCACAUACUUAAUAAGGAAGUCCUAGAAGCUCGCCAAAUAGUUGACAGGGAGGUUUUUGAGGAGCAUCCUGCAUGUAAAGACGUGAUCCUCAUACAGGAUUCCGUAGCUAAGGAGGAAAUUCUUGAGGAGCACCCCGUAAUUAAGGAGGAGGUUCUUGAAGAGGAAGCCAUGCAGGGAGAAUACUUUAUAAUAACAGAAUGUCUGGAGGAGCCAGCAAUCAGAAGCUGUCGGGUUUGUUUGGAACAGUCGGACCAUUUAACUAACAUAUUUGAUGACGCACAGGAGUCCGGUAUUCCGAUUGCCACGACAAUCUCACAGUACACAGGAAUGCCAGUUGAGAACGGCGAUUCAUUUUCUGAAUAUAUUUGCCUAACUUGCCUGGGUGAUGUGCAAAAUGCAUCGGAGGUUCUACAGGCUGAAGAAAAUGUUAUCCAGACGUACCGACAACCAAAAGAAGAGAUCAUUGACGAAGAUUCAAUACCAGUAAAAAUGAAGUCAGUGGAUAAUGAAGUUCUUGGGAAGCCACCCCACAGAUGCCCUCAAUGUCCAAAGAUAUUCUUACUCGCCGCCAAACUUCAAGAUCACAUUCGGACGCAUAAUCAAAAGCGUAUCACAGAGCGUCCACGGCUAAAAUGUCCCAUGUGUCCAAGCAUAUACUUGAAACGCGGAUGUCUUGAAGCCCAUAUGUGGAUUCAUAGGCCGCAUAAUGAAAGAGAAUCAGAGUCGGAACCACCAUAUAGGUGCCCGCACUGUCCAAAAGUAUUCCUUUACGCCAGCUUUCUUCAAAUUCACAUCCAGACACAUGAGGAUUUCGCCAAGAGACUCUCUCGGAAGUCAUCGCACAAGUGCCUGCAGUGUUCAAAGGUAUUCUCAGACGUGUCCAGCCUUAAAGAUCAUUUAAAGCACCACAAGGAUAAACUAAUGUUCAAAUGUCCCCUCUGCAUGAUGUCGUUUCCUGAAGAAAGCAACCUCAAAAAUCACGACUGUGCUCACACUCGCUUCAAGUGUCACCAGUGUUCCAAGUUUUUUCAAAGUCAGUAUUAUCUAGAUUAUCACUUCAAGAAAAGUCACACGACUAAAGGGCCGUUCAAGUGCAUAAAGUGCCAGCAAACUUUUGGAAAAAGAAGCGAUCUUAAAGAACACAUCAAUUCGCAGGUAUGCAUACAAUUUCUUCGAAGUAAGUCCCCGGGACAAAUAUUCCCUUGUCCCAAAUGCCCCAAAAAAUUUCACCUUGAAGAUGAUUACCAAGCGCACCACGCCACGCACAAGAAAUUAUGGACUGCUGUCGAGAAGUACAACUGUACACUGUGCGAAAAGUCCUACAAACAUCAAAAACUCCUUACCAAGCACAUUUUGAGUCACAACCAGUGUGUCCACUGCCCGCUGUCCUUUACGAGCACAUAUCUUUUGAAGCAGCACACGCGUACUCACAUUAAUCAAUUAAGUGGGAGAAGGGGGCGGAGAAAUCUAAAUGUGAACUACAAAGAAUGCGAGGAGUCCAACGAAAGUGAUUAGGAACCAUAGAAUAAAUAUUACAAUAGAUAUGAUAUAUAAAAACUCUCCCAACCAA